UUCUCAACUGCCCCUUGAAUUUGUUCACUCGAUAAAAAGAAAAAAAAAAAUCAAUCAUUUCUUCACCACCAAAAUAUGGCAUACAGAAGAAGCACAGCCUCCUCGAUCUUGGAAGUUUUUUCAUUAAACCCUUUGCCAUAUCCAGUCCUACUAUUUUUGGCUGUGAUUUUCAUAUUUCUUGGCCUGCAGUGGUAUAUUUCAUAUGAAUCAGUGGUGGAGGCCACGGAGGAGAACAUGGGGUGGCUACUAAUGGCCGCGCCACUGGUUUUACUCUUCGCCGUGCGGUGGCUAUCGACUGUGGAGAGUCCUGGGUGGUGGUACGGGUCGCCUUGGGACAGGAGGCGGACCAUGUAUCAUAUGCCGUCCGAGGGAAGCUCGCCGUGGGGUGUGGCAGCGUUGAUCUUCUUGUUACUUGUCUUAGUGCAGUACCAGUCUGUUUUUCUUGAGAGUUGGUUUAAAUGAAGCUCAGAAUGAAAAGUCAUAGGCAUGUGGGUUUCACCCAGCUUAAAAGCAGCUUUUUAACUGUUUUUUGUUUGUAAGUGAUGGGGGUUGUGUAAGACUAAGAUCAACAAUAGGCUAGAUUUGAAUUUUGAUGAUGUUUAGGCAUCAUGAUUAUGUAUAUAGCAUGGAAUGUUACUUGAUAAUAGAAAUCUGGUGUUUUUCAUGGAUA